AUGGGCAACAAAAAUCUCUCCUUUUUUCUUCCUCUUCUUCUCACUAUUUCUCUUUUCCUUACAAUGACUAGUAGCUUGGAAGACAGCAACGAGUACGCAAUGAGCUUGGGGAUCAAUCAGCGUCGUGUAUUAUUAGUCGAUUCUGAUUCGUUGGAUAUAUUGGAUUCAAUCUUAUCUUACGCGAUGUUGGAUAAAAACAAGGUUCCUUGUGAAAAUUCAGGCCAAAGCUACUAUAGCUGCAACCCGAAUGCGACUGAACCUGCUAAUCCUUAUCAACGCGGUUGCACCACUUUGGCUAGGUGUUAUCGCUCUUAG